ACCGCCCCCUCCUCGCUUCGCUGCUGCUUGGGGAGCCCGGACCGCGGCGGCGCCGGAUUGCCCUGAUGAUCCCCGGCAGGCGGCGGCGACAGAGACGGCGGGAGGAUGACCUCUGCCCGGGAGCGGGGUGCCGACCUGGCGCGUUUCUACACUGUCACCGAUCCCCAGCGACACCCGAGGGGCUACACGGUGUAUAAGGUCACCGCCCGGGUUGUUUCACGAAGAAAUCCAGAGGAUGUCCAGGAGAUAAUCGUAUGGAAGAGAUACAGUGACUUUAAGAAACUACACAAAGAACUAUGGCAAAUUCACAAAAACUUAUUUCGACGUUCAGAAUUGUUUCCUCCAUUUGCUAAAGGAAUAGUGUUCGGACGAUUUGAUGAAACUGUUAUUGAAGAGAGAAGACAAUGUGCUGAAGAUCUGCUACAGUUCUCUGCCAAUAUUCCCGCUCUCUAUAACAGUAAACAACUUGAAGAUUUUUUCAAGGGUGGAAUAAUUAAUGAUGGUUCUGAAUUGAUUGGUCCUGCUGAAGCUUAUUCGGAUUCCCUCAUUGAUAGCUUUCCUGAGUGUAGUACAGAAGGCUUCUCCAGUGACAGCGAUCUGAUAUCCCUUACUGUUGAUGUGGAUUCUCUUGCUGAGUUAGAUGAUGGAAUGGCUUCCAAUCAAAAUUCUCCCGUUAGAACUUCUGGUCUCAACCAAUGUUCGGAUUCUUCAGCACUAGGAGCUGUUGCUUCUGACAGCGAACAAAACAAAACAGAAGAAGAACGGGAAAGUCGUAGCCUCUUUCCAGGCAGUUUAAAAUCCAGGCUUGGCAAGAGAGAUUAUUUGGAGAAAGCAGGAGAAUUAAUAAAGCUGGCUUUAAAAAAGGAAGAAGAAGAUGACUAUGAAGCUGCCUCUGAUUUUUAUAGGAAGGGAGUUGAUUUACUCCUAGAAGGUGUUCAAGGAGAGUCCAGUCCUACCCGUCGAGAAGCUGUGAAGAGAAGAACAGCAGAGUAUCUCAUGCGAGCAGAGAGUCUCUCUAGCCUUUAUAAAGGAAAACCUCAACUUGAUGACCUAUCUCAGCCCCCAGGAUCACUAAGUUCAAGGCCCCCUUGGAACCUAAGGAGCCCUGCCGAGGAGCUGAAGGCCUUCAGAGUCCUUGGGGUGAUUGACAAGGUUUUACUUGUAAUGGACACAAGGACAGAACAGACAUUUAUUUUGAAGGGUCUAAGGAAAAGCAGUGAAUACAGCAGGAACAGAAAGACCAUCAUCCCCCGCUGUGUGCCCAACAUGGUGUGUCUGCACAAGUACAUCGUUUCUGAGGAGUCGGUAUUUCUUGUGCUGCAGCAUGCGGAAGGUGGCAAACUCUGGUCACAUAUCAGUAAAUUUCUAAGCAGAAGUCCUGAAGAAAGCUUCGACAUCGAGGAAGUGAAAACAUCUGCACUCACUAAAGUUCGCCUGCAACAGCCAACUUCUGGUCCUCGGGACAGCAGCGGCUUUGAAGCCAGAGGAAGUGAGAGUGGAACCAUGCUUAAAGUUCUGCCUCUGAAGACUAGUCUUACUCCCAGCUCUCAAGAUGAUAGCAACCAAGAUGAUGAUGGCCAAGAUAGCUCUCCAAAAUGGCCAGAUUCUGGCUCAAGUUCAGAAGAAGAAUGUACUCCUAGUUAUUUAACGUUAUGCAAUGAAUAUGGGCAAGAAAAGAUUGAACCAGGGUCAUUGAAUGAGGAGCCUUUCAUGAAGACUGAAGGGACUGCUGUUGAUACCAAAGCUGUUAAAAGCUUCCCAGCACACUUUGCUGCUGACAGCGGCAGCCCCAGCACACAGCUGAUAGCUCACGAGCUGAAGUUCUUCCCUGGAGAUGAUGACCCAGAAGCAGUUAGUUCUCCAAGAACAUCAGAUUCCCUCAGUAGAUCUAAAAACAGCCCCAUGGAAUUCUUUAGAAUAGACAGUAAGGAUAGCACUAGUGAACUCCUAGGACUUGAUUUUGGAGAAAAAUUGUAUAGUCGAAAGUCAGAGCCUUUGAAACCAUUUUUCACUCUUCCAGAUGGAGACAGCACUUCCAGGAGUUUUCAUAUUAGUGAAAGCAAGGUAGAGUUUAUACCUCAGGACACCAUUAGCAGGGGCUCAGAUGACUCAGUCCCAGUUAUUUCUUUUAAAGAUGCUGCUUUUGAUGAUGUCAGUGGUACAGAUGAAGGAAGGCCUGAUCUUCUUGUAAAUCUACCUGGUGAAUUGGAGCCAACAAAAGAUGGUGCGGCAAUGGGACCUACUAAGUUUACACAGACUAAUAUAGGCAUAAUAGAAAGUAAGCUAUUGGAAGCCCCUGAUGUUUUAUGCCUCAGGCUUAGUCCUGACCAGUGCCAAGCAUAUGAAGAAAAAGGCACAGAGGAAUUGGGUGAUCCUUCUGGGCCUAAAUCCCAUAGUUUAACAGAGAAACACUAUGCACAGGGGGAUCUUGGGAUGUUACUUGUAGCAGCUGUUGAUCAUAGUAGUUCAGGAGACAUGUCUUUGUUACACAGCUCAGAUCCUAAGUUUCAACGACUUGAAGUGGUUGCGUCGGCAGUAACUGCAAACAACACAGAAGAAAGCUUAUUCCAUGUUUCUAACCCACUCUCAGGUGCUAAUGAAUAUAAUGAAAACAUAGACACUUUAAAGACUGAAGAAGUAUUGCUGUUUACAGAUCAAACUGAUGAUUUGGCUAAAGAGGAACCAACUUUAUUUCAGCGAGACUCUGAGACUAAGGGAGAGAGUGGAUUAGCACUAGAUGGAGACAAGGAAAUACAUCGGAUUUUUGAGGACCUUGAUAAAAAAUUAGCACUAAACUCCAGGUUUUACAUCCCAGAGGGCUGCAUUCAAAGAUGGGCAGCUGAAAUGGUGGUAGCCCUUGAUGCUUUACAUAGAGAGGGAAUUGUGUGCCGCGAUUUGAACCCAAACAACAUCUUAUUGAAUGAUAGAGGACACAUUCAGCUAACGUAUUUUAGCAGGUGGAGUGAGGUUGAAGAUUCCUGUGACAGCGAUGCCAUAGAGAGAAUGUACUGUGCCCCAGAGGUUGGAGCAAUCACAGAGGAAACGGAAGCCUGUGAUUGGUGGAGUUUGGGUGCUGUCCUGUUUGAACUUCUCACUGGCAAGACACUGGUUGAGUGCCAUCCAGCGGGAAUAAAUACUCACACUACUUUGAACAUGCCAGAAUGUGUCUCUGAAGAGGCUCGCUCACUCAUUCAACAGCUCUUGCAGUUCAACCCUGUGGAGCGACUUGGUGCUGGAGUUGCUGGUGUUGAAGAUAUCAAAUCUCAUCCAUUUUUUACCCCUGUGGAUUGGGCAGAACUGAUGAGAUGAACAUAAUGCAGGAUAAUCUGCACACAUUCUGAUCUUCUCUGUGACGGGCGCCUCCAGCACAGAGGCAGCUCUGCCUCACGGUCACUUGUGGAGCACCAAAGCUUUGGGAUAAAGACCGUUAGAGGAAAUGGGGGAAGAAAAAGGCUGAAAGAAAACAAUUGCUUUACAGUUACUUUUUGGACAAGAUAUUGGCUAGUUUGCAAGGGGCUGUUAUGUACAUACCUUUAAGCAGGUGUGUCCCUUGUUUUAUCUGCAUUUAAAUGGUAUUGCAGAUAAGUUGUAAACCCAACUGAAAGAGGAAUGCCCUUCAAGAACUUCCUCUGACGUGAAGCUCCAAGUAUAGAAUUAAGUGUUACUUGAGAGGAGGACCUUUACAUGGCAGCUAACUGCUAACCAAGAUUGGGUUAUAUGAUGAAAUUAAUAUUUGCUGAAUAAUAUGUGAAAACUGCUUCAUGAGUAAUGUCAUCUGUGGAGCUUAAAGAGUGAGAAAAAAAGAAUAUACACAUCAUGUCUGAUAGGAAACCUGUACCACAAUGCUCUAUAACUAAUGUGUGUUGAAUGUGGCCUGAUAUUGUUUCAUGUUUCAGAAGUCCACGUGAGAAGAAAACACUUGAUGUUGUCAACUUUGUACGUUGUUGGUUGACACUGCUUACAGAAGGUUCCUACAAACGCUCACCGUCUCUCUCUUCAACUUCAUCUUUCCACUUCCUGCACCCUUUGCCUAUUCUCUCAUAUUCUGUUCUUUUUACCCCUGCUGAAACGUAAGCAACAAAAAAGGGAAGGAAGUAUUUAUUUCCCCAAAUUGUAUCAACUUAAUGACUAAGAAAUCAUGAUGUAAAAUAAAUGUGGUAAAAAUUUAAAUCUCUCCAUUUAAUUGCUUAAGAUUUUUUUUAAAAAGGCCUCUCUUCCUUUUAUUUUGGGAUUUUAGCUGCUUCUGCUGCUUGACUUUAUUUUAGUUUUUUGGCUUGCCUAUACUAAGAACCAAGGGCUCUCGUCUAAGUGGCAUUGAAUGGCAAUCCUAUUUUAUUUCUUAUAGUGAUGGGAUUUCCAGAUUUGACCUCCUAAUCUACUUGACAUUGUGUAGAAAGAAUAUGAGUAUUUACACAUUUCCAAACGUGUAUGAUUUCUUUCAUGUUGCUAAGAUAGCUCCCAUAGUCAUGCAUUGUUUACAACAAUUUUCAAAUGUUUUAAAGGCGUUAAUGUCUGUUUUUUAAACUUUAUCCAGAGACGAAGAAAUAAGUCACUAUUUCCAAGUUAGGAGUCACCAGAAAUAAUGAAAGUCUUCUGUAUCUUCUAAUCCUUUGUAUUUUUGAGAUCUGUGUGAGAGCCCACCCCUCCUCCAAGAGCAUCUGUACAGCUUCCAUCUGCCAUCACCCAGGUCCUCCCAUCAAAUUAAAUGGAAGCAGCAAAUACUUUAAUGAAACAAAGGAAAUGUGCAAGCAUUUUUCCUUUUUCUGUUACCCUACUCCCCCUUUUUCCUUUUUGGUCCCCUUAUAACCUGAACCCCAGCUGAAGGACUGCAACAACACCAGGAUGGGGAACAGGUCACCAGGAUCACAGCUCAGUCAAGAUGACAUCAGUCCCUGGAACUGGAUUUCAACUCACCAGCCCCUGGCCUCAUAACAGGAACUCAUGCAGGUGAGACACAAGGAUGACUUCCUGUGUAGGACUAGUAGGAAAUCUGCAAGUAGUUAGAGCUGGCCAUUACAGAGCUUCCUUCCAGAAGUGCCCUAUGACAUGAAAGUAGGACUUCACAGCUAAGGUGAAGCUCCCAGCCCUACCACAUGAUUUUGGUCCCUUGGAUUCAGAGGACAGUAAUGUCAACAGAUGGUUGCUGUGUCAGUGUGUUGACACAAUUCCAUUGCUUCAAUUUCUCUCUGUAUGUUUGAUUGGAACUUGUGGUAAAUGUGAAUACAUUAUUCAUAAUCAUGGUGGACAGGAAUUAUUUUAGUAAUAAACACACAGGAUAAAUGGCUUUGGGGUGAUGAACCCAAGUCUGCUUUUAUUUGAUGAUGUAUAUUAGAAAUAUUAGUAUUUCUAAUGCUAUGGGUGAUACUAUUUGUUGUUGUUUUUUGUAUUUUUUUUUAAGCAUAUGUCAUAUGGGUCAAAAUCAUAAAAGAACUUCCCACUUAGUAUUUCUCAUUUGAUUUUUUUAAUGUGGUAAAAUAUACAUAACAUCAAAUUUACCAUUUUAACCACUUUAAGUAUAUAAUUCAGUGGCAUUAAGUACACUCACAUUUUUAUUCAACCAUCACUGCUAUGCAUUUCAGAACUUUUUAAUCAUCCCAAACUGAAACUCUGUACCCAUUAAACAAUAACUUCCCAUUCUUCCACCCCCCAGCCCCUAGUUACCACUGUUCUACUUUCUGUCUCUAUGAAUUUGACUCUUCUAGGUCUCUCAUAUAAGUGGAAUCAUAUAAUAUUUGUUUGUGUCUGGAUUAUUUUACUUAACAUAAUGUUUUCAUGGUUCAUCAAUGCUAUAGCAUGUAUCAGAAUUUCAUUCCUUUUUAAGGCUGAGUAACAUUCCAUUGCAUGUAAUACCACAUUUUGUUUAGCUGUUUAUCUGUGAAUGGAUGUUUGGGUGUUUCCACCUUUUGGCUAUUGGGAACAAUGUCGUUAUGAACAUUAAUGUACAAACCUCUGUUCAAGUGCCUACUCUCAUUUGAUUUUAUAUUUUUAUAUGAAAUUACCAAUGCCAUUGAC